AUGGCUGGACUGCUGGAGGACUUGGCGGAGUCAGUGUAUGAGGGAAAACAGGUAGACGCCAUUUUUAUUGAUUUUGAGAAGGUGUUCGAUAGGGUGCCACACAAGAAAGUGAUAGAAAAGGUUGAUAGUCUAAUAGAGACACCGGCUCGUCUGCCGGGGGCAGUAAAGUGCGGCCGGGAGACGGCCGGCCGCCACUCCGCUGAUUGGCGGCACGACGAGGCCCCGGGAUCCGCCCCCCUGGUGGCCUCACCGGCCCCGCUCGCCGCUCCUGCCGCGGCGUACACGGCCAUCAUGAACCCGCUGCGGCCUAGGAUGGGCCGGCGCACGACGCUGUGCAUAGCCGCCGGCAUCUGGGCGCUGGGCACUGUGCUGUCACUGCCCAUGCUCGUCUUCUUCACCACCUACGUGCAGGAGUUCCCCAACGGCAACACCCGCGUCGUCUGCUACACCGAGUGGCCGGACGGCCCCACCACCGCCAGCUACCAGGAGUCCAUAUACAACGUGCUGUUCAUGAUCCUGACCUACUUCCUGCCCAUCGGGUCGAUGACCUUCACGUACGCGCGGGUGGGGCUGGAGCUGUGGGGCAGCCAGAGCAUCGGCGAGUGCACUCAGCGCCAGCUGGAGAACAUCAAGGCCAAGCGCCGGGUGGUGAAGAUGAUGAUCGUGGUGGUGGUGAUCUUCGCCGUGUGCUGGCUGCCCUUCCACAUGUACUUCAUCAUCACGUCCGUCAUACCGGAGAUCAUCAACGCCAACUACAUCCAGGAGGUGUACCUGGGCAUCUACUGGCUCGCCAUGUCCAACUCCAUGUACAACCCCAUCAUCUACUUCUGGAUGAACGCCAGGUUCCGGCGCGGCUUCAAGCAGUUCUUCUCGUGCUGCCCCGGCGUGCAGCUGAGCCCCGAGGUGCUGGCGCGGCGCGAGGCCGUGCACAGCCGCUACUACAGCGUGUCCGGCUCGCCCGAAGCCGGCUGCCGCGUCGUGCGCAACGGUGAGCCG